UUAUCCAAAUUCGCAUCAGUGUGAUUAAUGAAAAAUUGACAAACAUGAUUGUGAUAGGAACAAAAAUGAAUUUUGUGUUAGAAAAAAAUGUUCUAGAUUUAAUCAAAGCUUACGAAAAACUAAUCGAAGCUACAAAUUCGGUGAAUGAUUGUUACGGGUUUCAGAUUUUGGUUAUAAUUUUAGGUUGUUUGAUUCAUUUAUUGGUCACUCCUUAUGGCCUCUAUUCCAUAAUCAAGAGCACAGGCGAUGAUAGCACUUCAAUUCUAUUGCAAACAGUGUGGAUGACUGCUCAUAUUUUACGUUUAUUGUUAAUUGUAGAGCCUUGUCAUGGAUGUUUUCUCAAGAUUGCUGGGGCUAUUACGACGUAUUUGGUCAUUUUGUUUCAAUUUAAUCAAGGUUGA